CGUGUGAGUAAAAAUAAAAUACGUAGAAGAAGACUUAGCGUAAGCGUAGAAGACUCGGAGGCGGAUAACGCCUGUGAGGACGUUUGAAAUGUCUGCUCCCAAAACCAUCCCGAAAGAUGCUCAGGUGAUGAUCCAGAUCCUGAAGGACAUGGGCGUGACCGAGUAUGAGCCCCGUGUCAUCAACCAGAUGUUGGAGUUCACGUACAGAUACGUGACGAGCAUCAUCGAAGAUGCCAAGAUCUACGCCACACACGCCAAGAAGUCCAACGUGGACGCCGAUGACAUCAAACUGGCCAUCCAGUGCCGCAUGGACCAGUCUUUUACGUCACCGCCGCCAAGAGAUUUCCUCUUGGAGGUCGCCAGGCAGAAGAACCAGACGCCGCUCCCCCUCAUUAAACCAUAUACAGGGCCCCGCCUGCCUCCGGACCGCUACUGCCUGACCGCACCCAACUACCGCCUCAAGUUCCUCCCCAAAAAGGUGGCGUCGGCCGGCAGGAUAUCGGCGCCGCGCCUCAGUGUUGGUGCAGUCUCCAGCAGGCCAGCCACACCUACGCUUGGAAACUCGUCCGUUCAGUCCAUGGGCGGCACCAAGGUUGGACAGCCGGUGUCACUGACAGGUCAGAGGUUUGCCGUUCAGAUCCCGCCUCCGUUGCAGAGCAGCGGCACCAAAAGCGCCCCGUUGACCACGCCCACCGCCUCCAGCGUGCUCAUCAACCCGUCGUUGAUUGGCUCCAAGAACAUCCUCAUUACUACCAACAUGGCAGCUCAGAGCACCGGCGGCGGCGAGUCCUGAAGAGGAAACACCAGGACGAUGACGACUACGACGCCUUGUGACCCACACAACGCAAACACACACACAGCCCCCGGACUAUUCAAACUGUCAACAGUGAUGACAAAAUGACUGCAUCGGUUUACUGUUCCUCUUUAAUCCUAAAAACAAUUUCAAAAAAAAAAAUAUUUUUUGAUAAUAACCAAGCAUCAAAGUCACUUCCUGUUUGUGGCAAAAGGUGGCGUACACAUUUCGACACGCAUCACGAAAAAGUAAAGCCCACAUGCACGACUAAAACAACCACGACGACCAAUUACGGCACUGCAAAGAACAUGCUCCGCCUAUUUCCCUUCAGGGGUGUUCGGCAACCACUGCACGGAGCCAAAAGAUUGAAAGCAAAUGACGCAAAAAACUAAGCUGAAGUGUUUUGUUUUUGUUUUCCCCCCAUGAUGCAUCUGAUGCCACAGGAAACGCACACUUCUUCCUGGCAAAACCGGAUCAUGGCACUUUUAACCUUUCAAAAUAAAGAUUUCUUUUCUAUAUUUUAAAAUUUCUCUUAAAUGAAAAUGAGGCGGAGUCGAGAAGCGAGGCGGCGAACGCCGCCGGCCACUUAAAACUUGGGAGGGGGAGAAAAGUUAGGCGUGGGAAUGUCACGAGCGAUGCGGAGCGCGGUCCCUCCCCGACCGCACGGUUUCAACGCCGUUUGAAAAUCAACAAUUCUGUACAAGAUUCCAUCGCCACCACAGGAAGGAAGAAAAGGAAAAAAAAAACAUUCAAAAGGAUUUCAAAAUCAAAGCAAGAGAUGGUUGCAUUUUGCUUCCUUUUUGCUUUACAUCCUUCAAGGGCUCGUGAGACGUGUAUUUGUAGACUACACCAAACAAAAAAGUUGGAAUUAUCUUACAUGAAAAGUAAGGUCAAUUACAUUUUUGCUGAAAAAAAAAAUAUUACGGUAAAUACCUCUCAAUGCAGUAGAUAGUAAUUUGACAAAACUGUGGUAAAUUAAAACCUUAUUUUGGCAAACUAUUAACUUACCUUACAUUUUUCAAACACUAGCAGUUGACCAAAAAAAAUGUAAGGCAGAACAUUUCCUUGCUUUUAACGACCACUGUUUGCUGAAACAACUUUUAAUUUACAAAAUGUUUCAGCAAACUAGUCGGUAGCAAAGAAACGUCAACUAAAAAUCGCCCCCCCCCCCCAAAAAAAAAAAAAAAUCCAAGGUAAAUUUAAAACCGGUUCCAUAAUAAACGCAACUUCUGCCAACAGCAAAGAAACAUUUUCUUUGCUGUGAACUAACAGUUGCCAAAAUGAAAUUUUGGGCAAAUAACAGUGGCUAACGGCCACGGGGGAAAAAAACAAAUCCUAGACCUUACUUGCCAUUAAUGAGCAUUGUACAUUAAUUUAUUACAAGUUUUAGCAAACACUAAGUUUUUAGGAACAAUUAAAAACUUCCGAGCUGCGACCGGGAACUGUUUUUGUAUGGAAGUAGACCAGGAUUUGAAUUUGAAAUGUAAAAUGAAAUCAGAUUUCAGACAGUGUUAACAUUGAAAAGUUACACUAAAAUCCAACUGUUAAAAAUGUGAUCGCUUUACAUUUCAAAUUCAAAUCCCGGUAGCACUAAUCUUUCAUAUUUUUGUCAACAGGUUUUAACAUUUUUUUGGGCAACCUUCUGUUUGCUAGAAAAGGAAAAUGGAAAACCUCUUUUGGGUCACAAUCGUAGUUGACAGUGAAGAAGUUUUAAAUCAUUUAGAUGGUGGCAGCAAACUACAAUUGUUUGUCAAAACAGCUUUUAAUUUAACUUUCAAUUAAUCGGCCAAAAAAAAAAAAACAUCUAAGGUGACUAUGAAAAUAUGUUUUGAUUUACUUCGUGUUUUGAACGAGGUAUUUAGUUUUCGGUCAACUACCAAUGUUGUUAAAAAUGUAAAGGUAAACUAAAACCAGUUUUGGCUGAAGGUAUUUUUCCACCAAACAACUGAAGUUCACAAUAAAGAAAGGCUUUAAUAUAAUUCAUAGAAAUUGUUGGAAAAUGGUAGUUGACAUCAAAGGACCCUUUUUAUGUACUCGAUGUUUUUGGGUCAUGUUUUAAUUGACCUCAUCAUUUCCAAACCACCAUUGUUUGCCGAAAAACCCGUCAAGCCCAGUUUUGGCAAACAACAGUAGUUAACAAUAGGGAUGUAAAAAUAUGUCUCACCGUUUAGUUUUAAUCACAGUACUAAUACAAUAUUAAUACAGUACAAUAUUUAUUGCGAUACCGUGGGAAAGCUCAUGGUAUUGCAAUAAAACUCACAUUGCAGGAUAGUCCAUGGUACAGCUGUUAUCCCCCACAGGUUUUUUUUUUUUUAAUGAAAGACAUUUUUAAAACAUAAUGUGCACUUCUAUCCUUGUUCAUGCAAUGUUUACAUUCGUAUCCUGUACGCCCAGAACAAAUAUUACCGCUGCAGCAAUAAUAAUGCCAUGCUCACAAUAACAGUCCAUUGAGAAAUUGUCUGUUCAUUAAUUCAAUAGUAUUUACCUUUUUCUUUU